UCAGAAACGAGUGGAAAGAAAAGCGAGCGAUAGGAGGCAAACAAUGCUCCAUCUAUCUGCACUGAUUUGAACUGGGAUUUAUCCUUUUCCUUUUUUUCUUUUAAAAUUGGUAUUCCAAGUGAGAAGACCACUGCUGCCGGGAUCAAGUCCACGCACGCAGGGAAAACGGUUUUGUCUCUGAAGGUCUACCGUAAAAACCGCCAUGGUCAUCUCGUGGCUCUCCUGCCUCGCCCUCAUCAUCGGGACCCUCGUCCCUCGACCGUGCGUUGGAUGCCCGUCCAGCUGUCGCUGCUACAGCCUAACAGUGGAGUGCGGAUCUCUAGGAAUCAAAGAAAUCCCACAUGGCGUCCCCUCUGUAACCGAGACCAUUUUCCUCCAGGACAACGCUAUAGUGCAGAUCCGUCUUCAGGACCUGACUCGCCUUGGCAGCCUUCAUUACCUCUACCUUCAGAAUAAUAGCAUCUCAGCCCUGGAGCCGGGGGCGUUCCUCAGCCAGGGGCAGCUGCUGGAGCUGGCCCUCAACGGCAACCUCAUCCACCUGGUCACUCCGGACAUGUUUCGGGGUCUGGAGCACCUCCGGAUCUUGUACCUCGCCGGGAAUCAGAUCAGUAAAGUGCAGGACUACACCUUCAGGGGACUGCAGCGUCUGCAGGAGCUUCACCUGCAGGAGAACAGCAUAGAGCUGCUGGCUGAGCAGGCUCUGUCUGGCUUGUCAUCUCUGGCUCUGUUGGACCUCAGCAGAAAUCACCUCCGCACCCUGGGGGCUUCGUCACUCAAACCGCUUGUUAGCCUGCAGGUGCUCCGUGUCACAGAAAACCCAUGGCGCUGUGAUUGCGCUCUAGGCUGGCUGAGAACCUGGAUCAGCGAAGACGGACAGCGUCUGCUGAGCUCUGCCGAACAGCGGCGGCUGAUGUGCUCUGAACCUCCUCGCCUCUCCCACCUCAGCCUGGUGGAGGUGGCUCCCAACAGUCUGGUCUGCAUCCCACCUGUGGUGCAGCUGGAGCCAAGCCACCUGACUGUGCGAUUAGGGGAGAGCCUCCGAGUCUCCUGCCAGGCCUCAGGAUACCCUCAGCCCCAAGUGACCUGGAAGAAAGCCUCCCAUGGCAAGGCCCAGUUAUCACCUCGAGGCCUGGUUCAGGAGCUGGGACCCAAUGGGGAGGUCUUCAGGCCUGGAGCUGGAGGAGUGGUUACAGCCCUGCCCAGCAGUGGAGGGAUCAAGAUUGGAGGUGUUGGAGGAAUCCAGGGGCUUGUGCGUGGGACCGAGGAGGGCGGCGAGAGGGACAGCUUUGAUCCGGACAUGGGCAGCGGCAUGCUGUUCCUCAGCAACGUGACUGUAGCACAUGCUGGGCGUUACGAGUGUGAAGCCUGGAACCCCGGUGGUGUAGCCAAAGUCACCUUUCAUCUGGCUGUCAACAUGUCUUCUUCUUCAUAUUCAUCCCAGUUCUGGCCACGUUUGAACAUGCAAUCCGUUGUUUCCUCUUCAUCUAGCUCCUUCUAUCAGCCAGAGGUUCUGGACGUUAGCCAGGAGCUGCUCUAUGAACAGGACAGCAUGGACUUCUAUGCUCUUGGCCCUGCUACGCAGACCGCCAUUGCUAUUGGUAUCUCCUUGCUGGCACUAACUGCCGUUCUCCUGUUGAUAAUGAUCUACACUCGUCACCAGCAGUUCCGCAAAGAAGAAGGAGGGUCCUACUGUACCAGCAAGGAAGAGAGCAUCCUCUAUGUGAACGACUACUCUGACGGACCCACCACGUUUGCGCAGCUCGAAGAGUACCGCGACGACCACGGCCACGAGAUGUAUGUUCUCAACAGAACCAAGCCUGUCAUUGGCUCCACUUCAUCCAGGUGUCCCAUGAUGAGCGGGUUUGUCCAGCAGAAGGGUAUGAAAGAGGCUCUCCUGGACCACGAAAUGGUGCAGACACUGACCAGAUCAGGGGGGAUGGGGCUUCGCAAAAACCCCGCGGACGGAAAUGAGGGACCCCUUACAGCAGACCCUGAGGAGCUCUUCCUCAGUCAAAGUCUACUCUUCGGAUCACAGGUUGCUUAUGAAAUCCAUUGCUAAAGGGUUUAAUAAUGUUCAAAUAUGAACCAAUAUGUUGAUGGACUUGAAUAAAGACAUAAAGGACCUUGGUGCAAUGAUUUGAAGCAUUGGAUUAUUAUGUGGUAUCAGUUAGUGGUUGUUGAGGGGAACCUGGAUCACAAUCAGCGUCUCAGAGAAUCUCAUCUGAUUGAUUGUAUUACACUAAGAUGGGUCGGAGGGAUGAACAGUGAUAAUUAGGGAAUUUAACAACUGAACCAUAUCAAUCUGUGUCCAAAUCAACCCUUUAAAGAUCAUUAUAAGUGGCUAACUUUAUUAGAAAUUGUUUGGAUAACGGUUCAUCUAUAUCCUCACAAAAGAGGCUGAGACUGUGAAGUGGAAACUACAUGUAACAAUACGGAUUAAAACAGUGAGUCUUAUUUUGUACUUCUCUUUAGGUUCUGUUUUGUGCGUUUUGUCAGUAUUCUGUGUAAAUAUAAUGACGCUAAUUUUCACUGUGAAGUGCCGAUGUUUUGUGGACCAUAUUGCAAAUCCCACUAGAAUUAGACCUAAACUGAUACUCCUACUGAAACUACAUUUUCAAUACCCAUAUGUUCGAGUGGGCGUGUGUUGGUGGAUUUGUUUCAAGAGGUUAAUUUUGAAGGCAGCAUUCAUUUCUAACAUAGCAUUGUAUUUGUUCAUGUUGACAUGUUUUCUCUACUUAUUUGUUCAGUACUAGAACAAGGAAUUAACAUUUCUAUUGUCUGAAAUGAAAUCUUUGGUGAAAUUAAUUCCAUUAACAUUGCUCUGUAACAACCGUUCCAACGAGAAUAUUGUACACUAUG